AUGACGGUACAGGAACGCCAGUGGGAAUCCUAUAAAGAUGUAUGUACAAAGCGCAAGGUUCGGCUAGGAGACAUCAGCAAGGAACAGUAUGACAUGAUGGAAAGGAGUGGGUAUAUAGGGCCUGUCAGAACCAAGGUUUGUUUUACAACCGAGCUCAGACAUAACACAAACUUGGCUGAUUCAGAGGAAUGGGUAAUAACAGGAGAUGGGAUCAUUAUCAAUCCUGAUAAGUUCAAAGUCACCGACAAAGACUAUAAUGACUUUGCGCGAUUCUACAAUCACAACUAUGUGGUACAAGAAGCUAGUGCUGAUGCGGACGAUACGGAACCUGUCAUUUCAAUGGCCCUUAUUUAA